UUUUUUUUCUCUUCACUGCAAACCUUUUUUCCUGUUUGAUUUUUUUCUGUUUCUUUUUUUUCUGUUUUUUAACCUUAAUUGUUUAUAUAUUUAUCCUAUUUUCUUUCAACUAUGGAUCAUCUAUCGUUAAUUACUUUCGAUUAAUAAAAAGGGGAAAAGUGUGUGUACCAAAUUAAAUUAAAUGUCUUUGUUUGGUAACGUCUCAGUAAACCUUCAAUCAUCAUCUACUUUACUAUUACCAACAUUUACACCAACAACACUAUCAUCAUCUUUAUUUUUUCCAUCUUAUUCUUAUAUUCAUCAUCAUCUUUAUAAUCAUUUGAAAAUAACAACAACAACAUCAACAGCAAAACCAAUAGUAACAUCAUGGAUCCCUAUCAAUGUAAUUUAGGUUCACAAUCAAAUAGGAGAAAGACUAUUGAAACUGAAAUAUAUUAUUUAAUAAGUAAAUUUUUGUCCCUUGGACCUUGUACUCGUGCUGCCCAAGCAAUCAGAGAGGAGAUUGAAGAGAAUCAAUUAUUACCUUUAGCCUAUUCUUGGACUGGUGAACAGAAAAGGUUAACUUUAAGCCAAUUUGAAAAAAAUUUCCCACAUAUUCGUAAUGAUCAUCUAAUACAAAUAUGCUCUCGUAUUGGACCCAUUCUUGAUUCAAAUAUUCCACCCUCAGUACCUGGUAUCAAUAGCUUGUUAGGCGCUGGUACAACAUCUUUACUUCGUACAUCAUCAGUCAUCAAAUCUUCUAAUUCAAGUCAUGCAUUGUACAGAAGACAACAUGAAGCACCUCUUUUACCAUCUUCAAAUAAGGCUACAAGCAAUCCAGGCAAUAUUGUUAACAUUUUAUUCUCUCGAGAAAGCUCUGGGCCUUUAUCUAUUAACCAAACUUUAUCAACAUCUAUGUAUAAUAAACAACAAAUGCACAAACGGUAUCUUGGCCAUUUAUCAUCGGUUUACUGUGUUUCAUUUGAUAGAAGUGGAAAAUAUAUUUUUACGGGAGCUGAUGACCAUUUAGUAAAGAUCUGGAGUGCAUUGAGUGGACGAUUACUUGCAACUCUUCGAGGUCAUUCUUCAGAAAUUACUGACCUAGCAGUUAAUUAUGAAAACACUUUACUUGCCUCUGGAAGCUGUGAUAAGAUAAUACGAGUUUGGUCUCUACGAACAACUGAACCUAUCACAAUUUUAAUUGGACACACAGCAACCAUUACCUCUCUUAAAUUCUGUCCUUACUCAGAUACUGAUAACCGUUUUCUAAUUUCUACCUCUAACGAUGGAAGUGUAAAUAUUUGGCGCUGGAAUGCUUCAACAAUUUUAUUUGAUGCCAAGCCUAUCAAAUUCAUCGAGAAGAGACACAAAGCGAAUGCUCAGAUUUUAUGUUCAUCAUUUAGUCCAGGAGGAUCAUUUUUAGCUGUUGGAAGUACCGAUCAUUUUGUCCGUGUUUAUCAUCUUUCUCCGCCGACUGGUCCGGUGAAAAUAUUAGAAAUAGAUGUUAAUGCUGAUCAAGUGGAUAGUAUUCAAUUUAGUAAUUUUGGUUUAAGGUUUAUCAGUGGAAGUAAAGAUGGAACCGCUCAUAUUUGGUGGUUUGAAAGGCAAACCUGGCAUCGUCAUUUACUCAACAUGAGUGAAGUUAUACCACCAGCCCAGCCAAGCCCAGAAAGUGAUGGUAAAGCAAAUAAAAUUAAAGUGAACAUGGUUUGUUGGACUUGUGAUGAUGUUUAUGUGAUAACUGCAGUUAAUGAUCGUUCGAUCAAAGUAUGGGAAGCCAAUACAGGAAAAUUAAAACAUGUCCUCUGUAAACAUGAGGAUGAAGUUUUUGUGCUUGAAGCCAAUCCUGUUGAUGGAAGAGUUUUUCUUAGUGGUGGUCACGAUGGUAAAAUAAUCAUCUGGGACGUAAACUUGGGUAUAUCAAUUGCUGUUUUUUGUAAUCAAAUUGAAGGUCAAGGUGCGGGUGCAAUUUUCGAUUGCAAAUUUUCACCUGAUGGCCAACUCAUCGCCUCAACAGAUUCUCAUGGACAUCUUGCAAUUCAUGGUUACGGUACCAAAGAUCGAUAUGAAAGAGUGCCAGACGACGUUUUCUUUCAUACAGAUUAUCGUCCAUUAAUACGUGAUGCUAAUCACUACGUGAUAGAUGAACAGACUCAAUGUGCCCCUCAUUUAAUGCCACCUCCAUUCCUUGUGGAUAUUGAUGGCAAUCCAUAUCCACCCAAUCUUCAGCGUUUAGUACCAGGUCGUGAAAACUGUAAAGAUGAUCAACUAGUUCCUUACAUUGCUAUACACAAUGAGAGAGGUGUUGCUGAAGUAUUACAACCUGUUGUGGGUGGUCAAGAAAUACCACCACAAGCUCUUAACCGCCAACUUCAUUAUCUAUAUAAUCCUCAAGAUCAACAACAACAACAACAACCACCACACUAUGAACGAAUUAUUCGACCUCAACCUACACCGCCACCACCUCCACUACCUCAACAACCUCCUCCUAGACCUCCGUUAAUACCUUCUGCGUCCUCGCACCAGGCUCGACCUCCACCAGUACCUUCACCGCCAUCUCAUCAAUCCCGACCUACAAUUGAUGAUAUGAUUGAAAGGUUAGCUCAAGAGCAAGCAAGGGAAAGAGUUAAUGUUGAACAUGGUUACGCUGCUCCAUCGUCAGUAAGCGGAGAUGAACAAGGAGCACAAAGAGCUCGUAGUCUUUCCCAAUCUCUACACCAAGGGCCUUCAGUUUCACGUAAUGGACCUCGAUUGAAUCAAGAAGGACAAGGCGUUCGUCAACCUGGAGCAAGUUGGCAGUCUAGAGAUAAAAUGUCAACAACACCUUUGGGAGGUAGAGUUGUUGUCGAAGAAAUAAGACAAGGUCUUCUUGCACGAAUGAUGCAAAAUUUUAAAAUUGCAAGCGCAUCUGAGAAUGAAAUUUAUCAAAGAGAAAGUACUAAAAGCAAAAAACAAGACUUACCAAAACCAGAACCUCCUAAACCUAAAGAAGUGGUUAAACCAAAACAAAAGAAAAGAGUCGUUCGACGUAAUCAAGAUACUAACGCCAGAUCUAAUGCGGGUAACGCUGCAUCUAGUGCCUUGAACCGAGGUGGCUCUUCAGUUUCCAAUGAUCUCGAAAAUGUUGAGGAUGUUGAUUUAGUUUCACUGGACUCGAAUGAUGACUCGAAUUAUACUGAUAGUGAUAUUGCCUCUUGGAAUGGUAGCUCUACGGGAGAAAGUGAGGACGAUGAUGACGAUGAUGAUGAUGAUGAUGACGAUGACGAUGAAGAGGACGAUGACGAUGGUUCCGAUGACGAGGAGCAAAGUCCUGAAAUACUUACUCGUUCAGCAAGAGCUCGUUCUCGGCGAAGGAAACGUAAUCCAGAAUCAUGGAAACAAGCCUGUUUAAAUCUAAUGGAAGAUAUGUGGGACAAGGAUGACUCUGAACCAUUCCGAACUCCUAUUGAUGAAAUUCAGUACCCAGACUAUCGUCAAUUUGUAGAUAGACCAAUUGAUUUGACCACCAUAAGAGAAGAACUUAAUAGCGGAAAUUACCGGACUCUUCAAGAUUUCACAAAAGACAUGGAGCAAAUUUUUAUAAACUCAAGAAAUUACAACACAGAUAGAAAAUCUCAGAUCUAUUGUAUGACAUUCCGACUGCGGCAAUGGUUCCGUGAGAGAAUGAAACAGAUUGGUGGUAGAAAGAGCCGUCAUCUUCAUAGGAGAACGAAGAAAAAGAAGAAUGAUUCAGGGUAUACACUUAGAAAAAAGAGUCAACGAAAAGAGAAUCUCAGGUACGAAGAUUUUGUUGUCACCACCACACGGAAAAAGAAAACAAAGUUAAAAAGAAAGAAUGGUGAACGUAAAAAGAAGCAAACAUCUAGAGAAACAACUGCCUCAUCCUGUUCAUCAAGGUCAUCACCUUCAACAUCCUUCGACCCUUCCCAACCAUCCACAUCAGGUCUUUCCUCAAGAGUUACUAGUCAAAGUGAGGGGAAAAAAACCAAACGACCAAGAAGGAGGGUAAUUCGUAGUCUUUCCGAUGACGAAGAAGAAAAUGAAAGAGAUGCUCCGAGCAGCUCCGCAUCUGGUGUAAAUGGAAUAUCUAAUGGAGUCAAAAACUCUGAAAAAUUUUUAAAAUCUCUUGUACAGUCGGACGACGAGGAGACAGAUAUCGAAGAUACCACGGUCCGAGCAAAUGGAUUUAAUCAUCAUUCUGGUAGUGAUACCGAGAUUGAGGGUGACAAGAAUGAUACUGAUGCAACUGAAAUCGCUGGUGAUGAUGAGACACAAGAUGGUAUUUGUGAGGGUGAUCUCCAAGGUUCAAAUAAACCUUCACUGCCACGAAAAAGACGCAAAGUGAGAAAAGUUAACUCUGGUUCUAGAAAACGUCUGAAAACCACUGUUAAGGGUAACGGGGCAAUAGUUAAUGGAGGAAAUAAGGUUUUAUUGAAAAAUAAUCAUAUUUCACCGGACUUGAAUGUUUCUCUUGCCCUAGUUAAAACGGAAACACCAAUAGAAAAUGAAUCAAGUGAACAACAGAUUAAGAAAGAACCAGAGCCGAAUGCUAAAGAGGAAGAAAAUGAUAUCUGUUUUGAUUGUAAUCAAGGUGCCCCACCAGGCUCAUUCGAAGCUAAUUUCCUUUGGAUUGGUUGUGAUGGCUGCGAAAAUUGGUUUCAUCAAGAUUGUGUGAUUAUUCCGGAAGGUUUUAAUUUUGAUGCCGAUCUUUUUUACUGUCCUACAUGUGAAAAAGAUGGACUAUCAACUAAACCUAAAGGACAGAGAUCAGAAAGAAAUAAACGUAAACCAACAAACCGGUAACAAUUGUACUAUCCGAAAAAGAUAUUUUUUGUGUAUUUGGAGCCAAACAAAUUUAAUUUGAAGAAACAAAAUCAUCAUUUAACUAAUACAAAUCAAAUACAAACAAAAUUGCCGAAUCCACCAAUCGCCAUCAUCUUCUUUAACAACGACCACCGCAUCAUCAACAUCAACUUUUUUUUUCUUUCAUGUUAUCUCAAAUUCUCACAAUCAAUUUAACAAACCAACAAAAAUUCACCAUAAAUCAUCACAACACCAUCAUCAUCACCACCACCAUCUUUUCCCCUUUCCUCUAAAUUUUUUUCUCCUCAAUUUCAUUGUAAAAUUCAAUUCUCAUCAUCAAAUCGUUUUCAUUUGCGCUUGAAGAAAAACAAAAACAAACGAAAGCAAAAAGGAAACCAACUAGAGUUGCACCCAUUGUUUCAAAGCUUAAAUUUCCAAUGGUUUCUUAUUUAUUAAAUAAUCGUUGAAAAGAGAGACUAUUAGAUAACAAAGUGACAAAAAUAUAACGAGAAAUGGAUUCAAUUUGCUUGGAAAAGAACGAAAAAAACGAGACAAUUUUUUUUGACUUCUUCAUCUCUUCUUUUUGUUUCUCUCUCUCUCUCUCAAUUUUUUUCUUCCUUUCCCUUUCUCUUGUAAUUUGUCUAAACAAUCACAUUCUCUCCUCUUUAACUAUCAACUUCCAAACAAAAAUUAAUGUAAAAUAAGUUUGAGAAUCAUUUUUUAUUAACUUCUCUAGUACAUACAUUACACCACCAACAAAAAACUACAAAUACAUAGUUUCACUCAUUUA